AUGUCUGGGCCCGAUAAUUCUACAGCAGGAAUUCCGCCUCCAAUUCCAGUCUUCUGCGACUGGCGCAUUGAAAUCCGCGGAUGUAUUCUGUCACAGAUCUGGGUGACUGAAGUUUCGAUCUCUUUGGUUACCAAUGCCAUUCUGGCAUUUACCGGCGCAGUCUUUUUCUAUUAUCGCCGAAGAUAUAUGUGGCAAGGACUUUUCGUUGAUCAAUCUGGGGGAAUCCGACCCUUACCAGUGGAUUGUCUAUUGUUAUUCUGGGGGAUAUCUACAGUUUUGAGAGCACUUUAUGCUCUUUUAUUGUUGUUUGAUGCAUUCAGCGCGUAUUGGCAGAGAGAGUUGCUGCAAGAAUUAGGCUGGACUUUUCUCUGCUUUGGUGCCGCCGCUUAUUUAAUCGGCAUCAUCUACACAAUUCCUGUGAGCUACACUCGAGGCUCGGACGCAAUGAUUUCUCUUGGAUCCACCAAACGUUCUACCAACAAUGGCGUUAACAACGACAAAUCCAACACGCAUGUCAUCAUCCUUCCCACUCCUGUUCAACUUAAUUAUAUCCUCGGCGCCUACUUCUUAUAUCCUACUCUUAUCAUGCUUCCUGCAGCUGUGCUCUCUGGUGUGGGUAGGGAUCAGGGAAAUUUCGAGACGGCAGCCGCAUGGACUACUGUACACUAUGUUGCGUAUUGGGUCUACGAUUGGAGUGUGUCUCUAAUUUCCGCUUAUUAUGGGAUACACUUCAUGCUCAUCUUGAGGAGUUCAAUGAACAACUUUGACAAUCGAAGUGCUGGCGGUACGUACCAUCAAUCGAACAGUCCCACACGUCAAGCUUUCCAUCGGUUGAAGUAUACCAUGGCAUACCUCUUCUUCCUGUCAUUCAUCUCCGGGCCUGGCUGGGGUAUGUACGGUAUCAGAUAUAUAUCAAUGGUCACUGGUCCCAACCUAUACAGUUUGUUCAUCUCUGGAACUUGGUAUAUCACCGGCCCUCAGCCUCUAAUAGCUGUGUGUCAGUACGUGUUGGCAAAGAGAAUCUACCAGCACUACAUUGGCAAAAGUAAGAGUGCGAACAAUAUUACCGGAUCAAGCGUUCAGUCAACAACUAUUUCAUCUAGGGCUCCUCCCGCCAUGCAAGAUGGUAUUCUCAUUACGCAAGAAAUAGGUGUUGAGAUGGACUUUGCACUCGAUAUGAAAUCAGCGUCGGACAAGAACAAGCCAGACAAGAAGGGCAGCCAGGAGUUUGAGCUGAUGAAUAAGAGCGACACUGAGGAUGGAAGAAGCGAAGAUAAUGUAUAA